GUAGUAAUAAUUUACCUGUAAUUGGUGGAUUCGUGGUAAUGCCAGUAAAGUGGUAACCGUCACAGUGACCACAACCAACAUGAAGUGUAUAGCAUUGACAUUGUUAGCCAUCGUGGCAAUGGGUCGUUGCAGUAACGAUGCUGCACUUUUAUUGGAGGGAAAUCUAAGAUUAACAACAAAAUUUUUCUCAGAAGUUGCAAAAAAUAACAACAAUGAUAGUUUUGUGAUGUCGCCGUUUUCGGUCCUUACGCCACUAGCGCAACUCGUUUUGGGCUCAGGAGGAGGCACCCACAAUGAAAUUCUUACGGCAAUCGGCAUGCCAAAUGAUCAGUCGACAAUAUCUGCUUUUACUGAAUUGACGACUAGACUUGGGUCCUUAGAAGGGACUGUGUUAAGACUAGUUAACAGAAUUUACGUCAGUAAAAAAUUCAAUCUUAAUAAACAUUAUGCAGCUAUGACAGAUCAGACCCUCAAUUCGGAGAUAAAAAGCGCAGACUUUUCUCAAGCGGACAAAACAGCAACAGAAAUAAAUAAAUGGGUUGAAGUUCAGACAAACAAUCGCAUCAAAAAUUUAAUCGAUCCUAAAGAUUUAAGUAAAGUUGUUGUACUACUUGUUAAUUCUAUUUACUUCCAGAGUACCUGGCAAAAUCAGUUCUCUAUAGAUUCAACAACGAGCCGUGAUUUCCAUGUAACAAAAAACAUAACGGUAAAAGUACCGAUGAUGCGUCAAACUGCAACAUUCAAUUUCGUUAGAAGUGACGAGCUUAAAUCAACAAUAAUUGAACUACCUUAUGUAGGCAAUAAUUCUGCACUUUAUAUAAUCCUCCCAAAUGAUGUAGAUGGAAUUACUCAGCUUCAGAAUGCAUUAAACGAUUAUUCAAUCUUGGAAAAAGCUUUACAAAAUAUGCAGACAGAUCUUAUAGAUGUGCAAAUACCGAGAUUUACUAUUGAAACCAAAAUAAACUUGAAAAGUGUCCUACGUAAUUUGGGAGUUGAGAAAGUUUUUGAUCCUAUUGAAUCUGACCUGUCUAAAAUAGUAGAUGAACAAAGCGAACAAUUAUACGUUGGUCAAGCAACUCAAAAGGCUUUUGUUGAUGUAAAUGAAAAAGGCACCGCAGCAGGAGCUGCGAAUGAAUUAAAGAUACAGAUGUCAGCUCCUCUUAUUAUGAACUACUUCGUUGCGGACAGACCAUUUGUUUUCGACUUAAGGAUUCAUAAUAUUCCAAUAUUUAGAGGGAUUUAUACUGCUUCAUAAUUUGUUUGGUCACAGUACGUCAUUUCAUUAACAUUAUUUACCACGUAAGAGACAACAAUCAAAAUUAACGUAACAAAAUAUUAAUCAAAAUAACACUGUCUCUUAAUUUUGUGU